ACGCGCUCGGGCGUAGCGGCGCAACGUGCGUGACCAUGUCGGCUUCCAGUUCGGGUGGUGGCGGCGCGUGCGCUCUGUACGGGGCCCUGGCGCUCGUCUACGUGGGUCUCGCGGCCGACUUCUACGUGACUUACAAACUGUCUGGUGACGUGAGCGUACUGCGAGGCCUGGUGGCUCUUAGUGGUGAUUCCGGUGGUGAUUUUGCCCACGAUGGGGGCAGGACCGUCGUCCCGAGUGAGUUUGCGACGAGUGACCGGUCCUCCGAGGGAGCGAUCUCUCGUGAACGGCGGAGUGCACAUCGGCGAGGCAGAAAAGAAGCGGCAGCGGCGGCUCGUGCGCGCGAUGCCAGCGAAAACUUUGGCAGCGGUGGCAGCGGCGGCGGCGGUGACCACGACCAAAACGUGCCCAGCGUGGAGUUCUUUCCUCAGCCUCAGCAGACACCCGGUGGGCCACACGAUGGCAAAGGAUACGUGUGGCUCACUUCGUACUCAAGGAUACCGUUGGUGGUUCUGCAGGAGUUCUGCGAGUCAUCGCGCCGGUACUGCCCCCCGGGGGAAAAGGGCACUCCGGGACAUCCAGGCAACCCAGGACUAAAGGGUGACAAGGGCGAACGUGGUGACCGCGGCUUCCCUGGUGAGCCGGGCAGUAUAGGCCCUCACGGGCCGCAAGGCAUGCCGGGACUGUUUGGACCAAAGGGCGAACCGGGCUCGGCAGGCUCGCCUGGCCUAGACGGACGUGACGGACUUCCUGGCGAGCCUGGCCUGGACGGCGUUCCGGGCCGCGACGGCGUCGACGGGCUACCCGGACGUGACGGGCACCACGGGACGCCGGGGAUACCCGGAAGACCGGGUAUAAAUGGCACCGACGGUAUUCCUGGAAUGCCGGGACCCCGGGGUCCACCAGGGCUGCCCGGACCACCAGGUGUUCCAGGAACGCGUGGCAAAAAGGGAGCCCCUGGCCAUCCUGGAGCAGCCGGUCUGCCUGGAAUAGCGACGUGGAAACUGAGCAAUCACAACGUCACGGACGCUUCGAAACUCCUGAUUCCUCCAUCUAUUGUGGACGUGUCCGAGCAGCAGCAAGUGCUGCUCAUGGAGGGCGAGCGGCUCAGCUUGCGUUGUCCGGCCACGGGUCAGCCACCGCCCACGGUCACCUGGCGUAGGGACGACUCGGCGGCCAUACCAUUCGGCGCCUGGUACCUCACUUCGCUUGAGGGCGACACCUUCAACGUGAGCCGUGCGACGCGAGACCACAUGGGCUCUUACGUGUGCAUCGCCUCCAACGGCGUUCCACCGCCCGCCAUGAAGAAGGUCAUCCUGGAGGUCACAUUCCCACCACUCAUCAAGAUCCACAACUGGGCCGUGGGCGCAAGCAACGGCUCGAGCGCGGUGCUCGAGUGCUUGGUCGAGGCGUUCCCGCGCGCCUUGAACGCCUGGUUGUUCGGUGACCACGGCACGGCCGUGCAGCCUGGGGCGCGGCAUACUCUACGCGAGGAAGAGGCUGGCCCUUACGCAAGCCGCAUGCAGCUGCGCAUCGACCCCGUGCUGCCGCAGGACUUUGGCAUGUACAAGUGCGACAGCCGCAAUGCCCGAGGACACGCCGCCGGCGUUCUCACUGUAUUCCAGCUGGAUCCAUCGAAGAUGCCACCAGCGACUGAGGAAACUAGUUAUACACUCUACGGACACGCACCGCCUCCCCGUGUUGUCGAGGCCGAGUGCCCCGUGUGCCCGGACUGCCCGUCGACACACGAGUGCUCCCCCAGCAGGAAAGCAGGGAAGCCUGGACUCUUCAAUGUUGAAAGUAUAGAAACUGUCUACAACAGAUCCCACUGGCUUCCACUGAAACCUCGCGACACAGAAUGCCGAGCGAAGCGCCGCUACCUGGUCAAGGUGGGCAAGCCCGUGCUCUUCCGACACAACAAUGCCUCGUGGGGCGCAUGGAUGCGCGACUCGUUCAAGCGCGCCUUCGACGCCAGCAAGUUCUGGGUGACGCUGGACGGCGACCGCACCACGCUGUUGGAGUACGUCGACGGCCACUUCACGCGCCGCUACUCGCUGCCGUACGCAUUUCGCGGCAACACUCAAGUGGUGUACAACAACUCGCUGUUCUACCAUCACGAGAACACUGACAGCAUCGUGCGCUUCGACCUGGGCAACAAGUCGACCGCGGCGCUGUCGCUGGCUCGCGACUUCUCCAGCGGUCGGCUGCUGUACGCGACGCAGCACAACGCGAUGGACAUCCUGGCCGACGAGAACGGCCUCUGGGUCAUCUACGCCAGCAGCAGCACAAACAACACGCUCGUCGUCAAGUUCCACGAGCGCGCCAUGCAAGCCGAACGCGUGUGGAACCUCACGCUCGACCACCGCACCGUGGGCGAGAUGUUCAUCGUGUGCGGCGUCCUGUACGCCGUGAAUAGCGUCAGCGAGGCGUCCACACGCAUCGCGUUCGCCUUCGACCUCUACGAGGAGCAAGCGCUCGAGAUGGCGCUCAACUUCAGCAACCCAUUUCGCAACACCUCCAUGGUGAGCUACAACCCGAGCGACGGCGCCAUCUACACGUGGGACAUGGGUCACCAACUGUUGUACCCGCUGCUCUUCUCAAACUCCACGUCGUCGCACACUGCCAGUUGAGUGGUCGUGUCCGCCGCUGUCCUGUUGCUGCUGCUCGCCUUCGCCGCCGUCGUUCGCCUCUGACCGCGGCUUUUCCGGCCUCUGCGCCUCACGGACGCUUUGCGGAGCGCUCCAUCACCACGUGGUGGUCACAGCCGUCAACAAACCGGUGUCGGAUCCAUCAGUGUGCUGCUCCGCUGCGCCAUGAUGAAGAUCCGCGCUGUGUUCUCUACGCAAUGCAUUCACUGUACAGUGUCACUGUUAGUGCUCGCGAACGCUAAGCUACUCGCGCUCUCCCCGUCUUCGCUGCAGUAGUCGCCGUGAUGGAAACCCCGUGCUGCGGUGAUCAUGUCGAAAGAAGCGCCGUACGCGUGUGCGUCGUUGGAAAAGUGCGUAGUGCUUCACAUUUCGCGCCAUCUUUUUCAGUCAACCUAUCGUGCUGACUGACGAAACAGCCAUUUCCCCACGAAUGCAAACGGUCUCUAAAUGGCGACUCGAUACUGACGUGUGUGGCCACGCAUGUUGCAUCCACAUGGGUACCGUCAAAGCUUUAGUGAGUGUCAUGUGGCAUAUGUGACGGACAAGAAGCUGUGUUCUUGUUUCCGAACUUCUAGAAAAGCGGUGGUGAAAUGAAAUUACUUUAUUUGUAUUCUCCGUGUACAACUUAACCGUGCACCGUGUUACCGGGAAUUAGUGCAUCGCGUCGCUUCGGCGCCACUUUUGCGAUGUGAUGUCAUAAACGCUACUUGCUUUUAUACCACUUCGAACAUGGCCGAAUCAAUUCCAAGGCUCCCGGUGGAAACGCUUAGUCUGACUUUUGGCCUGACAGUGGUCUGGAUAUGACGACCUAGUAAUUUCUAAUUCAUAUAUAAAGUCUAAGGAAUAUGAUACGCUGUUUUUAACAUGCUGAGGUCCGUGAACGAUAACUAAGGACAGAUUAUUUUUUAAUCUCUCUCGCACUGUGUAAAUGGCGUGUGCACGCAGUUCCUAUAAUUUAUACGAAAAAAAUAUAUAUUUUACCAGCGCUCAUCGCCUUCUUUGAAAGCAGUCGCUAUUUUGGUUCGACACGUUCACGCUCUGCAACUUUCGACUAUACUUCACCACCUGUGAGCUCCGAGCACUCAGCGCAUCGCUUUUUAUGGUGUCUACCUCACAACUUCACUGCUUGAAUAACGUAAAACAUCAACAAGAGGUAACUUUUUCAAAGGACGUAGACUAGCGCUGUAUUCGAAAGGACCGCGGAGGCGUGACACUUAAAGCGCCAGAAGCAAUUUUCCAACUGGACUACUUUUAUAGCCUUCCUCCUUCUCACAUCAAACGUGUGUUUCCCAGAGUUGUCGAGACUCGAGCGCUGCUGGAAACGACAUGCCGUGUGAAGGUGGAGCACGAUGUUUUGACAAGUUCCAAGUAGUUUUGUGUAGUGUCACUGCUCGUACCCUUCCAUUCCCCUACCCUUUACACAAACACAUACACGGCCUUGCUUUUUUUUUUCCCUGCUACAUGCGCUACUUGCAGCUGGGCCGAGUGGUUCCUCAAAGGUCCCGAGAUAAGACAGAAUAAAAAGAUAAGCGAAGGCCAUUGAAAACGGCCCCUAUCGAACGACCGCACUUGGUUCUUCACGUUCGAUGCUUUUCCUACCCAAACACACGACCGGUACUCCUGUGUUCGCGACCCGAGUCCGCCUCCGCGUUCAAACGGAAGCGCAGAACCCUUAUAUACGAAAAAGUCGGGACAGAAAUAAGUCGGACCAUAAGCACGGAAACGCCGCGCCGGCGUAGAUCUACUAGAGCGCACACAUCACUGCCUCGUCGAUUUAUUUUUCGCCCAAUUUUUUACUUUCCCGUUUCUAAAUUGAAGAACGUGCUCGGAAUCCUUUUUCUAUUUCUUGCUGCGCGCACCUCGCGCACAACAGGUUUCUCGAGCGCGUGCGACUCCGCCAGGCGAGGAAGCCGGUUAUCGACCGCGCCCCGCGGGGUCGCAGACGCGAUUGAAAGCCGAGCACAAGACGACGACGCCACGCAGCGCUUGUCUCACUCUCAAGUGCCGAGACCUCGGGAAAGAAGGAGAAAUAACGCGAUUCAACUAUGAAAUCCCUGCGAGAGGACGCGAUCUCGGAGAGGCUGUGCACGAUCCCCUUCACUCUUGCACCGCCCAAGAAGAACAAGAAAAUCGAAUGAACGAACACAGAGCGGAGCAGAAAUGGAGCAGACGCGAAACGCCCCACAAAUAACGCGAAAAACCGAAACGAGAUCAGAGACAGCGCUGAGUGUGCCGAAAAAGCAGUUCUAAGCGCUGCUCGCGUGCCACGAGAGCUCGAAAAUUGUUGUCCCUUCUUUUCGCGCAUUCUAUUGUUCAUUUUUUUUUUUCAUUGCUAAGCGGCUUCGGCGGGAACCCCUUUCUGAAAGCGUCUUCCAGACAACGCAACGAAUGCUCGAAAAGCUAUCGCCGGUCGCGUGCUCCGCGAUAAUCUGCUUCAGGCUGCGUUGAGCUUGUUUGGCUCUCUUCCAUUUUUCGCACGAGAAAAGCGAGGAAGAAAGGAGGGCGAUUACUCGACUAUUUGCACUGUUGAAACAAGCGAGCAAAACGCAAGCGUUUUGUACACUGCGCAAUAAAACGAGUGCUGUGUUGUC